AUGGGAGGCCUUGGACCUCAUGCUUAUACAGCCUCAAAGCAUGCCAUUGUAGGUCUAACAAAGAACACGGCUUCUGAGCUUGGUCAAUAUGGGAUUCGAGUUAAUUGUAUUUCUCCUUUUGCGGUAGCUACUUCCAUGCUAAUCGAUGCUUGGAGCGGUCACGAGGAAGAUGGCGAAGGCAUGGAUUUUGGAUCGUCACCUUGUGAGGAAGAUGUGGAAAAGAUAGAAGAGCUUGUGAAAGGACUGGCCAAUCUAAAAGGUGCAACUCUAAAAGCUAAAGAUAUAGCCGAGGCUGCUCUUUUUCUUGCAAGUGAUGAAUCAAAGUAUGUGAGUGGGCAUAACCUGGUUGUAGAUGGUGGUUAUUCUACUACCUCAAAGAAUUGCGUGGUCUAUGUUAUGCUACAUUCGCUUGGUUGUCUCUUUACUUUCUCUUCAUGGCCUCAUGCCAUGGUGCCACUCUUCUCUAACGGACGUGGUACACGUGUUAUAAUAUCAGUGGAUAUUUAUUGA